AUGGUAAAUAAGAUCAUUAAAGCAAAGAAGACAUUUAUGGAGAUAGGAUUCAGCUAUGAUGAUAUCAUGAAGAUGAACAACUGUUCGAUAAAAGACAUAUACCACAGACUGCGAGGAAGAUUUGACAAAGUCAGCUGGAGAAGAGUCGUUUGUCACAACACAGGAUGCCCCAGGUGGACCUUUGUUCUAACUAUGGCAGCACAUGACAAAUUAUACACAAGAGAUAGACUACAGAGUUGGGGAGUACAAGUGGAUCAAGAAUGUGUUCUAUGCAAGCAAGCUAAUGAAACCAUACAACAUUUGUUCUUUAAAUGCUCAUAUGCAAAUGCAUUAUGGAGCACACUGUUAGCAUGGCAAGGAAUUAAAAGAUCAGUAAAUGGAUGGGAUGAGGAACUAAGAUGGGCUGAGAAGUGGACUAAGAGGAAAAUAGCAGCAGCUGAGCUAUAUAAAAUGGUAUUAGCAGCAACAGUGUACUAUGUGUGGCAAGAAAGGAAUGCUCAAACUUUCCAAGCUAAGACAAAAGGGUGGGAGUUAAUAUGCAAGAAGAUAAUACAAGAGCUGCAUUGUCGAAGUAGUAGGCAUACAGAGAAAAUCCUACAUAGCCUAGACUGGUAUCCAUUGCAAUAG